ACGGAGGGCUGGUGGAGUGGAGCAUUCUAACCUCAGACAAGAACUCACAGAGAACAAACCCUGGUUUGUUUCCCACAUUUUUGUGAUUAACUAAAGAUCCAGGCUGUGGCGCAGUAAGUAGACAGCAAACAGAGGCAACAGCAAAAAAAAAAGCCAUGACUGAAUCCAGCCAACCCAGAAAGAUGAACCGGGCCAAGCUGGUGGUUCUGGGUCGAGACAACUGUGGAAAGACAGCCCUGUGUGUAAGAUUCAUCACUAGACGCUUCAUAGGAGAGUAUGACCAUAAAAAGGAGGUCACCUACAGGUGUCGGAAAACUGUGGACAGCGAGCCAAUCGAUCUGGAGAUGUUAGACACAGCCAACAAGCAGGAGUGUGUUGGCUCUACAGGGUCAUCUCUGGAGAGCUCUAUCAGGUGGGGCGAUGGCUUCCUCAUUAUCUACUCCAUCACGGACCGCAGUAGCUUUGAGGCCGUCUCACGUCUAAAGAGGCUCAUCGACCACAUCAAGCAGGCCCUGGGCAUCCCUACAGUGAUUGUGGCCAACAAGACAGACGUGGAGAACGGGCGGGUUGUGAGAACUGAGGAGGGUCAGACCCUAGCUGCAGACCUCAGAUGCAGUUUCUACGAGCUGUCGGUGGCAGAGGGCUGUGUUGCCGUGGAGACAGCGGUGGCCCAGCUGGUCAGGGAGGUGCGUUUAGAGUACCAGCGCCACCUGCUGGUGAUGGACACGCGCUCCCGCAUGCUGCAGAUGACGCACGCGCUAAGGAGCAGGCUCACCCGCAGCAAGACCAUGCAGUGGUAAAUGAACUGGUCCCGAUAGGUCACUUGACUCUAACCACCCAGAAGUGCUGAAGACUUUCUACAUAGCUAAGCCACACUAUUGACAUCACUAGGUCCAUGGUGGGCAGUACUUUGACAGGACACAGCCCUCUGGACAUCCAGGACAAGCCCAGCACAACCUAGUGGAGGAAAGACAAGAGUUCUGGACUGUUGAUGGGACUGGGAGCAUGUGAAGACAGUGUUGUAAUGCACUGGAUAUGAGUGUGUAGAAGAGACUGAUUAUCUGGGUGUUGUUUUGCAUAAUAGAGUCAUAAUAGGACUCUACAGAAUGUGCCAUAUCCGCCUGCUCUUUGAUGUCAGACUACCAGAAAGGUAAGACUCAAAGACACUUGCCUGAACUAUG